AUGGCACCCUCCGACUUUGAGAAUGAACUCCAUCAACUUUUGUCCGCCGAUGCGGACGCUGAUAUCUCGUUGAGCAGUCCGCGGCAGAAUUUAGGAGCCAGUUCGUCAUCUCAUCAGAGCGCUCCAGACCCUAUCUCUUCUCACUCGACCACCCCAAACGCUCAAGCUAGCGUGCCGACCAAUGGUACAAGACAAUCCCACUCAAGAAACAGCAGCCUUGGCCUGAAGGAGGAACUCUCAUCGGAUUGGUACGUGGAAGGGCCUGGCCGGAGAGUUGGCUACGAUAAUUUAACCGCAAUCGACUGGAUCUAUGAAUACACGAAAGAAAGGCAGCGUCUGAGGAGACUGGCAGCACUCAAUUCAGGCUUGUUAGGGCAACUGAGACAACUUUUCGAAGUCAGUCAGAUAUGGCUUGUUCUCGUGGCCACUGGAAUCUCGGUCGGUUGUGUCGCUGCCGGCAUCAACAUAGCCUCCGACUGGUUAAGCGACAUCAAAACAGGGUACUGUAAGAAGGGUACUGGCGGAGGGCAGUUCUAUUUGAACAAGCAAUUCUGCUGUUGGGGUCAUGACGACCUCUCUCAGUGUCAAGAUUGGACUCCCUGGCCCGCCGCGUUAGGGAUCCAUGUCGCGGGAGGACAAUAUGUCAUAAGCUAUAUGUUCUUCAUUGGGUUUGCAGUCCUUUUUGCCGUAUCGGCUGGCGUGUUGGUACAGAAAUACUCGAUUUAUGCUCGACAUAGCGGUAUUCCUGAGAUCAAAACCGUUCUCGGAGGUUUCGUCAUCAGGCGCUUCUUUGGUGGCUGGACACUGCUUGCAAAAUCGCUCGGACUGUGUCUUUCCGUAUCGUCAGGCAUGUGGCUUGGGAAGGAAGGACCAUGCGUGCACCUUGCUUGCUGUUGCGCCAAUAUUAUAAUGAAGCCUUUCGAAUCCCUCAGCCAUAACGAAGCACGCAAACGCGAGGUACUUUCUGCGGCCGCUGCCAGCGGCAUCUCUGUCGCCUUUGGAGCUCCUAUUGGGGGGGUGCUCUUCUCAUUGGAGCAACUAUCAUACUACUUUCCCGACAAGACCAUGUGGCAGUCUUUCGUCUGUGCUAUGGUGGCGGCUGUCACGUUGCAGGCCAUUAACCCAUUCCACACUGGGAAGAUUGCGCUUUACCAGGUCACUUAUACGACAAUCUGGCACAGCUUCGAGAUUGUACCAUUUGUUCUAUUGGGCAUUACAGGCGGACUUUUUGGUGGCAUGUUCAUCAAGCUCAAUAUGCUCGUCACGAGAAUCAGGAAGUCUCAGAGUUACUGGCUUAGAGAAAAACCACUUCAUGAAGUACUCGUGGUGGCCGCGAUUUCAGCGCUUGUCAACUUCCCUAACACCUUCAUGCGAGCUCAGCUUUCAGAGCUAGUUUAUUACCUUUUCGCGGAAUGCGCUACCAUUGGCAACAACGACAUAUUUGGUCUAUGCAAAGCCACUACUGGCGGGGCUUUGUCGAUGUUGUGGCUAUUAAUUGCGGCCUCUGUACUGGGUUUUCUGUUGGCCAGUAUCACAUUUGGACUCCAGAUCCCAGCUGGAAUCAUACUACCCUCUUUGGCCAUUGGGGCACUCUACGGGAGAUCUGCAGGUGUUGUCAUGGAACUUAUACACAAGCAUUUCUCAACAUCAUUCGUCUUUGCAGCAUGUGAGCCCGAUGUUCCAUGUGUGAUCCCAGGGACUUAUGCCAUUGUCGGCGCCGCCUCUGCUUUGGCAGGCGUCACACGCAUGACGGUGUCAAUAGUUGCAAUCGUGUUCGAGCUCACUGGUGCACUCACUUAUGUACUGCCGAUCAUGAUUGCGGUCAUGCUUGCCAAAUGGAUUGGCGAUGCAUGCUCGACUCGAGGCAUCUAUGAGUCUUGGAUCCAAAUCAACGAGUACCCAUAUCUUGACAACAAGGAUGACGCGGCCAUACCCCAGGUAUCGGUGUCAGGCAUCAUGACGAGGGUGGAGGACAUGACCUGUUUGAACGGCAACCAGGCAUAUUCAGUCGAGAAAUUGCGAAAGAUUCUUCGCACCACUUCUUUUCGUGGAUUUCCUGUCGUUGCUUUUAAGCAUUUGGCGGAAGAUCCAGCUUCUGUACCUACAAGCUUUCUACCAUCACCACGCGAGAAUACGUUUCUUGGGUAUAUCUCGCGGACUGAGCUGUCUUUUGCGUUGGAUCGUGUCACAACCUCUGGAGUCUCUUCCCGCAACUCUCCUCCCAUCACUCCUCAGACACCCUGUUAUUUCAACUAUCACGCCGAUAUUAUCUCCGGUCAUGGGGUAGAUUUGCGUCCUUGGAUGGAUCAAACGCCGAUCACGCUCAAUGCGAACAGCUCCCUUCAACUGGCUGUCCACAUGUUUCAGAAUCUUGGUUUGCGCUACCUUCUCUUUGUCGAUAAAGGGGCGUUCCGAGGCAUUCUUACGAAGAAAGAUGUUUGGUGGAUCCUAUCAGCAGCCGAGGACGGGCGUAGAAGGGAUGAAUUUGUUGCUGGGUCUGGAGUGCUUCGAGGCGACGAUGAAGACGAUGACGGUCGCGACGAGGCUAGAGGUCUUCUCCAGCAAGAUGGAGCUUUUGAGCAACUUGUAGCGCCAACAUAA